AUGGCAGAGAAAGGUGCCUCAAACAAGGAGCAUCCUCUUGCGGGGGUGGUCCUGUGCUUCACGUCCAUUCUACCAGAACAGCGGACUGAAUUGGCUACAAUCGCACGCCAAAUGGGAGCGACUCUCAAACUUGACCUAACCUCCGAUGUUACCCAUCUGAUUGUGGGCGAGACCAAUACUGCGAAAUACAAAUUUGUCGCACGAGAACGAGCAGAUGUGACUGUUCUUAAGCCUGAGUGGGUAGAAGCGGUCCGCCAAUCAUGGAUGCAGGGAGAAGAUACAGACGUCCGAGGUUUGGAAGAACAAUACAAAUUCCCGACGUUCGCCGGAUUGUGCAUAUGUAUAACCGGCUUCGAGGAUAUGGCAUUCCGAAACUAUAUUCAAGACACAGCCGUUGCACAGGGUGCCGAAUUCAGGAAAGAUCUUACGAAACAAGUCACCCAUCUUGUCGCACGAGAUACGGAGAGCCAGAAGUACAAAUUUGCGACUCAAUGGAAUAUCAAGGUCAUCACCGUGAAAUGGUUCACCGACAGUAUAGAGCGUGGAAUGAUCCUGGAGGAGACAUUGUAUCACCCGCUUGUGCCGGAAGAACAGCAGGGUGCGGGGGCCUGGAACCGCGCACUGCCUGCUGUUCGGGAGAAAGAUCCGGGUAAUGAAGGCUCGUCGAAUCCUCGCCCUAGAAAGUUGCGCCGCAUCGCAAGUGCCAAAUUGGUAGACCAGAACGAAGGGAUCUGGGGUGACAUCGUAGGCACCGGGUCCAGAGGAAGUCAACAGAAAGAUGAUAGCCAAUUACUCGUCAAACGUGCAUCUAUGGUCCAAGAGGCCAAGUCAUUCGCCAGUGAAACUACCUUUGCGGAGCCCCAGGAACAAAGCAAUGUUGAUAAGUUCCAGAGGCCUCGCCAGCAGUUUUCAGAAGCGGCCAGCCACCGCGAUGGCUUUUUAGACGGUUGUUAUUUCUUCAUUCAUGGAUUCUCUUCAAAACAAACGAACGUCCUCCGCCAACACCUUUCGUUCAAUGGAGCCCAGUUGGUCGGCUCAUUGAGCGAAUUCUCUCGGCCCGACAUUCCUAAGAGAGGCCAUGGUCUCUACACGAUUGUCCCCUACAAGAUGCCUCGAAACCAGGUUCCAUCUACCGAUGACCUAGCAUUUGAAUGUGAAGUUGUAACCGAUAUGUGGUUGGAAAGAUGCCUUGAUGCCAAGACUCUAGUGCCCCCAGAAUCACACAUCGCAAACACUCCAAUUCCUUGUUUCCCUAUCCCUGGGCUCGACAAUAUGAAAAUCUGCUCUACAGGGGUCUCUCGUAUCGACCUUCUACAUCUAUCAAAACUUGUAGGUCUGAUUGGUGCAACCUAUAAUGAAUACCUGACACCAACUGCAUCUGUAUUGUUAUGUAAUGAUCCUGGUUCUGCAAAUCAAGAGAAGCUACGGCAUACGCAAGAAUGGAACGUUCCCGCAGUCACCGUCGAUUGGUUAUGGACCUCCAUCCAAAAAGCACAGAAACAGCCAUUCGAACCUUUUCUGAUUCGCAAGUCAACCUCACAGAGCAGCCGAGACCCGGAAAAGCGAGUUGGCUCUCUCCCGGACCAGAGGGAACAGUCCCAGGAGCUCAACAAACGCAAUAACGCAACCAAGUCACAGAUCCACAUGGAUCACCCCCAGACCAACAAACUCACCAGACAAACAUCAAAGGAAACAGACAAAGUUCCUUCACGCCAUUCAACACCCCUACAAGAAAACUCCGGAAUUCUACAAAAAGAACCCACUAUAAGGGAAUCCCCCACAAAAGAGCCGAGCCAACAACACACAACAUACGUAUCACCAAGAAAACGCCCAUCCUCAGAACAAGCCAUACAUCCAACCUCCCUAUCAGCAAUCGAAACAACGCUGAGCGGAUUCCUCCAGCAGGCACGAGCAGCGAACUCGCGCUCCGCAUCAGACAUAGGAGAGAACGGUGACCGCCCCCGUUCAAGGCGCAGAAAACCUCUUCUUGGAAGAGCGCCCUCUCAUGCCUCUGUCCGUUCCAUCGAACAUAAAGGUUUCUCUCGCGCGAGCUCAAUCGAUACACUAAACGAGGAUGGGUGCGGAAGUGCGAUAGACAGCAUCAACACAGAUGGAAUUCCCUCCCUUGUGAACAGCGGAAGAUUCGAUUUCCUCGAAGGAGACCGCAUCAAUGAAGAAGAGGAGUCUGAAACACCGCCUCCAAUGACGCAAUUGAACUACGAAGAUCCGGAUGCCGUCGCAAUGCGCGAGAAGUUUCUCCAUCAGGCGGGCAAACUCGUCGAUAAGAAACCUGCUAAUCAGGACCUAAUUGCGGGUGAAAUUAAGGAGCUGGAAAAUGUGGGCUGGGGGUCUGGUCGGAGGACGAGAAAUGCGGGCAAGGUUGCAAAGGAUAAUACUUUUUAG